AUUGUAUCCAAUAGACGCCCAUUGCACAGGAAAUGGAUGAUAACACGCUAAUCAACGUCCCUACAGUGACUGCGUCGCCAUUCCAUGGCGUGUCAGCGUUGCUGACCAAGUUCAAGGAUAUCAACCCUUCACGGCCGAAACCAAAUGCCAUUGGUGCUGUCCCAUUGUACCGCUCGAGGCUUUACCGAGUCAACAAACCUGCCCCUUCUCUAUCAAAUGAUGCCGACGAAGCAGGAGAAGAGGAGAAUGAAGAGGCUGAACAGUAUGAGGUACAGAAGUUUAAGGAUUUGAAGGAGUUCAAACCUAAUGUACUUACAGAACAGCUGAACGAAGCUUGUAUUCUGGGCAUCGAAGACUUUGCAAAUCCACUUAUUGAACAGCUAUUGAACGAGCUGAUUGGAGAACACCCCUAUGAAUGGAGUUGUCUAGAGGAAGGUGAUUCCAAGGUACUAUUUGUGAGACUCAAGGAGAAAGAGGUGAAAGAAAAUGCUUUUCUAAUGAAGAGGCUCACCGAAUUGGAUAUCGCAGUCCACCAGUCCAAAUUGAAGAUUGUGGUGGAAAAGAACACUAGACAACUAAUCGAGGAUACAGUUCCCAAUGAUGAGAUAUCCAUAGACAAGGAGGCCUUACAAAGGAAAGUGGACCGCCUCUUGGAGAAGAACAAGGCGAAGAAAACAGCAAAGACUGUUGAUUAUGUCAUUGACGAGGAAGAACUGAGAGGUGUGCCACAGGAUGCAUUACCACAACUAAUCAAGGAUAUUAAGGAGUUCAGACUCAAGGUGCUCGAAAACGAAAGAAAGAAGAGGGAGAAGGAGGUUCUUGAAGAGAAGAAGAGAUCUAAAGCUCAGCUGCGUAAGCUCUUUGAAAAAUACCAGAGCGAUUCAGACCGUAUGGUUGAGGACGACGAUGAUGAAUCAGACGAGGAGGACGACGAUCUGACUGAUGAACAGUAUGAGGAACUGAGAAUAAAGAAGGAAAAUGCUGAUAUGCUAAAAAAGUUUAGGGACAAGUUGAGAUCGGUAGAGUCCAUUCAGAGAAGAAAUAAGGAUGUUCUACGUGAACUCGAAGAAUUAAGAAACUAUGAACAGUCUCUUGAUAAAACCCUUAAACCGGAGUAUGAACAUGGCAGAUUUAGAAGAUCUGGAAGGGAUAAGAAGUUAGAAAUGGAAGCUGACCAAAAAGAUAGAGAAGAAGAACUAACCGAGAACAAAGCAGCGAAAGAGGCUGACAACUUCCUUUCAACUAUUAACAUUCCUUUGAAAGUGAACAUUUCAAAGUCUUUAACACUUGAAGAUCUUGAUGAUGAUCAAUUGGAUUCUCUCUUGCAGCGACUUAAGCCUAAACUCGACGAGUACAUGGAGGAGAUUCUAGGCACCAAGGAGGACGAGCUUUCAGAUUAUAUCAUCUCCAUUAUAAAGGAUGAAAAGAAUAAAGAGAAACUUGCUCAAGAGUUAGAAGAAGCUUUCGCAGAUGAUGCCGAAUCAUUACGGGAUAAAAUUUGGAAUGACAUUGAGGUGUUUAUCAAAGAAUUCCAGUGAGAUAUAUAGCCGUUAAAACACACGUUGCUUAUCAAAGUCAAAUUACUUUCAGGCAAAUGGCAGUUGUUCCAUGUUAUCAACACCAACUCCAGUCCAAGCGUAACGGACUUUGUUGAAAGUAGCGUUGGCACUCAGCACUCCGGCGUCGAUCAGACUUUUGAAGUAAGCUUCCACAAGGUCUUUGUCAUCCUGAUCAACACAGUUCAAACCACAGUUUAGCAUAGGACCUUGUAACAUCAGUAGCCUUGAAUCAAGAGGAUCUAUAAUUUCGUUUGUUGCAUCGUCGUAGAAGAAGCACAUGUUUAACAUACCUUUCAUGAGGUUUUGACAUAGCGGAUGUGUUUUAUCCAUGGAGAAAUGCUCAUUGUACAAUUUCAGCAAUAGUGCAUCGACGUGUAGAUGGUGAAUCAGAUCAAACCAUGAAUAAACCUUGUUCUCUUUGAAUCCAUAAC